AGGGGUAUAAAAGUCUGCUUGCCCCCUGGGCUGUUCUUCCCCCACAAAGAUGGAGGCCGUGAGAAGCCUCGUCCCCUUGGUCCUCGUCAUUGCCAUUGCGUCGUGUUUGGCGGAGUUCAAUGCCACCGAGUCUGAAGGCAAAUCAAGCUGCCGGGCUACCGUGGGAGGUACCAGCCAGUCAGAUGCCCAUAGAGCCCUAAUCCUGCAACUCAACCCCAAUGAAGACUGCACCUGGACUCUACAGAGGCCAGAAAACAAAAGCAUCAGACUCAUCUUCUCCCACUUCCAGCUUGAUCCCAGUGGCGGGUGCGAAAAUGAAAACAUUAAAGUUUUUGAUGGAAACUCCACCAAGGGCUCUCUGCUAGGGAAAGUCUGCAGUAAACAUGACUACGUUCCUGUUUUUGAAUCCUCAUCCGAUACAUUAACGGUUCAAAUAGUCACCGACUCUGUAAGAAUGCGAAGAACGGUCUUCAUCUUGUACUACUACUUCUCACCUGGUGCCUCUAUUCCAAACUGUGGUGGCUACUUGGAUGCCUCCCAAGGAUCCUUUACCAGCCCCAAUUACCCAAAUCCACAUCCUGCAAUGGCUUAUUGUGUGUGGCACAUACAAGUGGAGAAAGGUUACAAGAUAAAGUUAAACUUCAAAGACAUGUUCAUAGAAACGGACGAACACUGCAGAUUUGACUUCAUCGCCGUCUACGACGGGCCCUCCACCACCUCGGGCCUGCUCGGACAAGUGUGUGGCUACGUGAAGCCCACCUUCGAGUCCUCGGCAGAUGCGCUGACCGUUGUGCUCUCUGCAGAUUACGCCAACUCCUACCGAGGCUUUGCCGCUUCCUACACUUCGGUUUAUGCGGAAGACGUCAACACUACAUCUUUAACCUGCUUCUCAGACAAGAUGAGAGUUAUCAUCAGUAAAUCCUACCUGACAUUAUUAAAAUAUAGUGAGAACAACUUACAACUAAGUGACCCAACUUGCAGACCAAAGAUCUCAAAUGUGGUAGACUUCUCUAUUCCUCUGGAUGGAUGUGGUACAAUCAGAAAGGUAGAAGACCAUUCAAUUACUUACACCAAUAUAAUCACUUUUAUUCCAACCUCCGUAUCAGAAGUGAUCACCCGUCAGAAACAUCUCCAGAUUGUUCUAAAGUGUGAGAUGGAACAUAAUUCUACCGUAGAGACGAUGUACAUAACAGAAGAUGACAUAAUACAGAACCAAAGCGCGCUGGGCAAAUAUAACACAAGCAUGGCUUUCUUUGAAUCCGAUUCAUUUGAAAAGCCUAUACUGGAGUCACCAUAUUAUGUGGAAAUGAACCAAACUCUUUUUGUUCAAGUCAGCAUACACACCUCCGAUCCAAAUUUGGUGGUAUUUCUUGAUUCCUGUGUCGCCUCUCCCACAUUUGCCUUCGCAUCUCCAACCUACGACCUAAUCAAGACUGGAUGCAGUCGAGAUGAGACUUGUGAGGUGUAUCCAUUAUCCGGACACCAUGGAAGAUUCCAGUUUAAUGCCUUUAAAUUCUUGAGAACUCUGGGCUCCGUGUAUCUACGGUGUAAGAUUUUGAUAUGUGACAGUAGUGACCAUCAGUCUCGCUGCAACCAAGGCUGUGUCUCCAGAAGGAAACGAGACGUUUCCUCCUACAAAUGGAAGACUGAUUCUGUCAUAGGACCUAUUCGUCUGAAGAGGGACCGGGGUGCAAGUGGAAGUUCCGGAUUUCAAUAUCAAAUACAUGGAGAAGAAACUCAGAAUCAACCUUUCAACAGUCUGCAUCUCUUUUCAUUCAUGGUCCUUGCUCUGAAUAUAGUGAUCGUGGCUGUGAUCAUAGUGAGGCAUUUUGUGAAGCAGAGAACAGACUACAAGUACCAGAAGCUGCAGAAUAUAACUAACGGCUCCAGCCUUAAGUGAGAUGCAUUUCUUCCAAAAACUGAAGGAAAUGCUACCCAUUGUGAAUAAACUAGAGCCUCAUAAAAGUGA